UCGCCUCGCGGCUGCCAUGGCAACCGUACGCCGCCGCCGCCGCCUCUUCACGCACGUCGGGAACUAACGGACUCGGCGGCCGCAGAGGCCUGUGCCCUUCCCCCAACCGGGCCGCAUCACCAACCGGCGGCCGAGCUGCGGCACCUAGGUCUCUGCAAGAAGAUGAAUUUGGCUGAGAUUUGUGACAAUGCAAAGAAAGGAAGAGAAUAUGCACUUCUUGGGAACUAUGACUCAUCAAUGGUAUAUUACCAGGGGGUGAUACAGCAGAUUCAGAGACAUUGCCAGUCAGUCAGAGACCCAGCUGUCAAAGGCAAAUGGCAACAGGUUCGGCAGGAAUUAUUGGAAGAAUAUGAACAAGUUAAAAACAUUGUCAGCACUUUGGAGAGUUUUAAAAUGGACAAGCCCCCAGAUUUCCCUGUGUCCUGUCAAGAUGAACCAUUUAGAGAUCCUGCUGUUUGGCCACCCCCUGUACCUGCAGAACACAGAGCUCCACCUCAGAUAAGGCGUCCCAAUCGAGAAGUAAGACCUCUGAGGAAAGAAAUGCCAGGAGUAGGAGCCCGGGGACCUGUAGGCCGAGCACAUCCUAUAUCAAAGGGUGAAAAACCCUCUACAAGUAGAGACAAGGAUUAUAGAGCAAGAGGAAGAGAUGAUAAGGGAAGGAAGAAUAUGCAUGAUGGUGCGAGCGAUGGUGAAAUUCCUAAAUUUGAUGGUGCUGGGUAUGAUAAGGAUCUGGUGGAAGCCCUGGAGAGAGACAUUGUAUCCAGGAAUCCCAGCAUUCAUUGGGAUGACAUAGCAGAUCUGGAAGAAGCUAAGAAGUUGCUAAGGGAAGCUGUUGUUCUUCCAAUGUGGAUGCCUGACUUUUUCAAAGGGAUUAGAAGGCCAUGGAAGGGUGUACUGAUGGUUGGACCCCCGGGCACUGGUAAGACUAUGCUAGCUAAAGCUGUUGCCACUGAAUGUGGCACAACAUUCUUCAAUGUUUCAUCUUCUACACUGACAUCUAAAUAUAGAGGUGAAUCUGAGAAGUUAGUCCGUCUGUUGUUUGAAAUGGCUAGAUUUUAUGCGCCCACUACGAUCUUCAUCGAUGAAAUAGAUUCUAUCUGUAGUCGAAGAGGAACCUCAGAUGAACAUGAGGCAAGUCGCAGAGUCAAGUCUGAACUACUCAUUCAGAUGGAUGGAGUUGGAGGAGCUUUAGAGAAUGAUGAUCCUUCCAAAAUGGUUAUGGUAUUGGCCGCUACUAAUUUCCCAUGGGACAUUGAUGAAGCUUUGAGAAGGAGAUUAGAAAAGAGGAUAUAUAUACCUCUCCCAACAGCAAAAGGAAGAACUGAGCUGCUGAAGAUUAAUCUUCGUGAAGUUGAACUGGAUCCUGACAUUCAACUGGAAGAUAUAGCAGAGAAGAUAGAGGGCUAUUCUGGUGCUGAUAUAACUAAUGUUUGCAGGGAUGCCUCUUUAAUGGCAAUGAGACGGCGAAUCAAUGGCUUAGGUCCAGAAGAGAUCCGUGCACUUUCUAAAGAGGAACUUCAGAUGCCUGUUACCAAAGGAGACUUUGAAUUGGCUCUUAAGAAAAUUGCUAAGUCUGUCUCUGCUGCAGACUUGGAGAAGUAUGAAAAAUGGAUGGUCGAAUUUGGAUCUGCUUGAAUUUCUGUCAGCUCUUUCAUUUCUGAUCCAAGAGCUUUCAAGCUUUGAAGAUAAAAGGACAGGCUGUUUCACAGCUCAGAACUUUCCAUGAUGUGUUGUCGAGACAGGAAGUGAAUUUGCAAUCCUUGACGUGUCCUGAGGAGUUCAUUCAAGACAGAGGCAUCCGAUUCAAAAGCAGCAACCUUUAAUUCUCUGAACUGUGAAGCACACUCUGCUGCUCUGUGGGUCUCAAAGGUGGAAGUGAGGACUUGGUGGAGCUGCUUCGGAUACUAACCCCGCCACCUGGGAGAGCCACAUGGAGCCCACAGCUGAGAAGUCAGACUGUGCCCAGCAUCUAUGACAUCCUAAAGGGCAAGGACAGCAUUAGUUGGAAAAUGGGUAAACUGAUAUUUGUCAAUGACAACAUUAAAAAAUUAAGGGCCUCGUGUAGAAAAACAUGAUUAAAAUACAAAUUUAAUAUA